AUGCUCUUCCGCAUCCUCGAGAUCUUGGCGCUUCUCCAGCUCGUGGCCGCCAAUGCCUUGACCUUCAACUUGCCCGCAAAAGAGGCCGCCUGUUUCUACAUAUUCACCGAGGUUCCAGACACCCAAGUGUCGUACUACUAUGCGGUGCAACAGGGCGGUUCGUUUGACGUGGACUACUUCAUCAAGGAUCCAUCCGGCCACGUGCUUCUCUCGAAAAACAAGGAGAGACAGGGUGACUUGGUGAUCACGGCGCAGCAUCCGGGCGAGUACGAGUUCUGCUUCUCCAACGAGAUGUCCACGUUUGCCGACAAGGUGAUUGAUUUCGAGAUCAAGUUCGAUGGCGACGCGCACCAGCAGUUCCGCGCGUCGAUGCCGGAGCAGCCCAACUCGAAGCCCAUCGAGCAUGUGGAUGCCAUGAAGAGAACGGCCGACCACAUUGACCAGCAGUUGGAGGAGCUCAAGCGGUCGUUGCAGUACUACAAGACCCGGAACAACAGAAACCAGGCCACCGUGCGUUCCACGGAGUCCAGAAUCUACUAUCUUUCUGUGUUGGAGGUGUUGUUGAUGGUGGGAAUGGCGGUGUUGCAGAUCACAAUUGUGCAGUUGUUCUUCAAGGGCUCCAGAAAACAGUUGGUCUAG